AUGGGGGAACCAACGACCAACUCUGACAUCACUUUCAAAGGAUGGAUGGGGCUUGACAAGAACGCUUUAAUCGAUGGGUUGAAGUUAGUUCCAUUCGAGCCUAAGAAAUGGGAAGAGACAGACAUAGAUGUCAAGAUUACUCACUGCGGUCUCUGCGCAAGUGAUUUGCAUACUUUGCGAAGUGGAUGGUGGCCUACCAAUUAUCCUUGUUGUACCGGCCAUGAAAUUGUUGGAGAAGUAACCCGUGUCGGGAAAGCAGUUGAGCGAAAUAUUACUAUCGGCGAUAGAGUAGGAAUUGGCCCCAUCAUUUACGUUUGCGCCCAAAAGGAUUGUACAGAGUGCAGCUCAGGCAUGCCAAAUUACUGUCCACGGAAAGUUGCUACAUAUGAAGGUUUUCUCCCCGAUGGUAGCAAGACUUUCGGUGGUUUUGCAAAUUAUUGUAGAGUUCCGGGAAUUGCCGCCAUCCGUAUUCCUCAAGCGCUGAGUAGCGUUGUGGCAGCUCCAUUGCUCUGCGCCGGUAGUACCACGUUCGGUCCACUAGUGGAACGUCAAGGAAAAGGAAAACGAGUGGGAAUAAUUGGUGUUGGAGGUUUGGGCCAUUUUGCUGUCAUGUUCGCAAGGGCAUUGGAAUUUGAGCAUGUUGUUGCGAUUUCACGACGAGAGAGCAAACGCGAUGAUGCCAUCAAGCUGGGUGCACAUAACUACCUAGCUACCGAAGACGAGAAGGAUUGGGCAGAGAAGUACGCAAAGUCACUUGAUGUGAUUGUUUGUACAGUAUCAUCCGCUGAGAUGCCACUGAACAAAUAUCUGGGGUUACUCAGGACCGGAGGACAUUUCUGUCAAGUUGGUUUGCCAGACGACUCCCUGCCGGCGUUCGACAUAUUUGGACUGGUCGAACGAAAGAUCUCGAUUCAUUUCAAUGAUAUACUCUCAACCAGGGGAACAGAAGACUUGUUAGAGUUUGUAUUGAGAGAAAACCUUCAGCCAUUGAUUGAAGAACGAAAAAUGAGUGAUAUAAACAACGUUUUGAAGGAGAUGGAAGCUGGAAAAGCGAGGUAUCGAUAUGUUUUGGUGAAUGAUGAUUGA